AUGAAUGGGACCGUCACCCGCAAACGAUCUCGACUGGCCUUGGAGCCAGACGACGAUGAGCCUCGGUAUACGAGCGAUGCGAACCCGAGCGCGUCCCUGGCGGACCUGAAAAGGACGAGGACACAAGGAGAUUUGGACGACAUUGACGUUAUUCCUCCCGAAAAUGCUUGGACAGUGGACGUGGACAGCAUCAUGUCAUGCCCGACGCUGAAGGCAGAAUCUGCUGCCGGUGGCAAGCAAGUUCACAGCAACCUUCAUCAGUAUAAGAAGGGCUCCAGUAUUGUAGUACUGUGCGUGCAGGGCGACCUGCCCGUGCAUUACGAUAUUCUGUGUGGCUUGCUCCCAGAACUCUAUGCCCUUUCGCCAUCAUUACAAGCACUGGUGCUUUGUCGUGAUCCCGCUACGCAUGUUCCUUCCGCAUCGACCGCGACAUUGCUACCAUUUGUACGAGGCGUUGGUUCGCAUCAUAAUCACUUCAUACAACUGGGCCUUUCGCAUCCCCUGGGUGGAGAUCUCCCCUUGGACGCACUUGUUGUACUGGACGGUCGAGGAAGACGAAGGCUGGUGCUGCCGUUUGGUUGGGGUGGUGGUAGAUAUGCCAUCGGUCACGGCGGCGGCGUAAGGGUAGUGCGGACCGCUUUUGUGGAGUUGCUUAAGAAAUGUGUAAGUACGCUCGUACAAGAGGGUACAUGA